UAAACUGGAUCAUACGGAGACGUUACCGGACAGUUUGAUGGAAAUACAGUAGGAGCGUUGGUUAACGUUCGCGGUUCACUGGAGGCGCGUUUUACAACUUUGUACCAAUUGUCUAGCUGGUUCUCGGUGCGAGUCCAAGUAAUGGGAUUGUUGUUGCUGAUGGCAAAUUGAGUGAACACUGUUGAUUCGAGUUUUAGCAUAGGCACGUUUGACGUUGGCUACAACGUUAAGUGUUUAGCAAGUAAAAGCUAGGUAUCCUCAGUGUUUACGGUCGCGUUGAGCAGCCAGUUGCUUUAGCCUGUCACGUUAUCGACAAAACGCCAGGUGGUCAGGUACUUGGCAAAGAUGGGUGACAUAAACCCAUCGACAUCCCAUGCAUUUCAAUCGGAGGGGUUCAGUCCGCCGUACAAGAGGAGGAGGACGGUAGAGGACUUUAACAAGUUUUGCACUUUUGUGUUGGCCUAUGCCGGUUACAUACCAUACCCCCAAGAGGACUCUCCACUGCGCAGUAGUUCCAGCCCCCCCAACAGCACUGGCAGUACAGCUGACAGUGAUGCCUGGACCCCAGGACCUCCAACCUCCUACCCCCAGCGCCCUCCUAAGAUCCCCCAGGACAGGAGCAGGAAACAUCCACAGCCAGGAGCCACACUGUCCAGUCACACUAAGAAAGAUCACACAAUCACCACUCUUCACCCAGAUGACCGCAGGAAAGCCGACAAGCUAAAGAAGAAAAGGAGGAGAAAGGAGAGGGAGCAUCAGGCUGGUGAGGAUAGUGAGGGUCAGCAGAGCCACUCAGCAGUUGCAGAGCUGAAGUACCCCAUCUCUUUUGGUGGCCGAAUGAUCAAAGAAGAGCCUGAAGAUGAUAUCAGCAUUCCCCUCCACCCCCAGCGUCUGCCUAGCCCACCUCCUUGCAAGAAGGAGCCCAAGGAGGAGCGUCGAUAUUGGGAUGGACGAGAUCUAGAAGAGGGGGUAGUCAAGGUACAGAAGGUUGAGGGCUUUUCAGGAAACAGAACGGUGUUCCGCCAGGGGAAACAGGUGGUGUUCAGAGACGAAGAUGGCUCAGGAGAGGAUGAGGACAUUAUGGUGGACUCGGAUGACGACUCAUGGGACCUGGUGACAUGUUUCUGUAUGAAGCCUUUUGCAGGUCGGGCCAUGAUUGAGUGUGACAAGUGCCACACCUGGAUCCACCUGUCAUGCGCCAAGAUCCGCAAGAGUCACGUUCCAGAGACAUAUGUGUGCCAGAGCUGCCGAGAGACACACGAACCCCCAGAUACCCGCCGUUCACACCGUUCCCGCAUAGGCCCGCGCAAACAUCUGCUAGACUGACCCCUGAACUCUGACCCUUUCCUCUUCUGCUUCCCCUCCACCUGCUGGACUGAUCCUUCCUCAGAUUCAGGUCUUACACCCUUCAGUCUCUUUCCUCGAUGGUCGGCCAUAAACCCACAUUUCUUUGAACACUUUGGUGGACCUAUCCAAAUCCCUUAUCCCAUAUGAAAAUGGUUUGAGACCUAUUUUAGAUUUACUAAGGUUUGUUUCUGCUUCCCUACAGACUCUGUGCGUAAGGCAAUCACUGAAUGGAUGUCUGUCUGUAGAUAACAACAGCAUAGCAGCAAACCGCUACUGUUGGGACUUGGUGUCUUGUGAACACUGGAAACAUUUGAACUGCCAGAUAGAGAGAAACUGCCACCUUCUGUGGUGCAUGCUGGGAUUUAUGGGAGAGACGGUUUGCACUUUUUCUCACUUUAUUUGUUUUUAAAUCCAUCGAAGCAUUCAUUCAUAGGAACAGCUAUGUCUUUCUGAUGAAACUGGAUUUGAUUUUUCUGAGAGGCCUCUUAAGAUUACAUAAUAGUGUAAAAAAGAGAAAACAAGUUAAGCCUUGUGUUAAUUGCUUCAGAUGGUGCUAUAGUAUUAAGCUGAGGUAUAAUCCAGUAGAACAAAGAUGUAGGAUAAGAUACUAGAGUCUGCAUCUAUGUCAUCUGAUUGUUGUUUUGUUUUGUUAUUUAAGACUGUGUGAAAGAUUAUCAUUGAGGCUUUAAGCCUGUACCACUGAACCAAGUGCUUGUUCCUCUCCCUUCUCCGCAAACUGUCUU